UUUAUUACGAGACUCGGGGUUCGCAUCUGUGCUGUAAGGAAAGAAAAUAAAUACAAUACAUUGUGGAUUACUGUCAUUUUAUCUUUGUCACUUUCAUUUCUAAAGUUGGAGGAAACUGAAUCCUUAAAGGUGUUUCAAUAGUGAUUCCCGGACAUGGGAUUUGCACAUUUUUACGUUCUCGUGGGACUUCUGUUGGCCCUGCUGUCUGCGUCUCCAUCUGCGUCUGAAUCCGUAAGCGUUGGCCACCCUGUCAACCUCCCCUGCAGUGGAGAGUCCGAUAGGGAUGUGGAAUGGUAUUUUAAACAGCAUAUGCAUUCUGACUGGCUGCUUGUGGCCGAACUCCACACUGGACGCUUUUCCCCAGGACCCGGCUUCCAGGGACGGGUGGAGUCCAUCUAUGAGGAGCAGCCAGGAAACUACAGCCUGGUCCUCAGUCCUGCGGUGUACAACGACCAAGGGUCUUAUGAAUGCCAGUACAAGGGGCCAUUACACAGGAACGCUCUUAAUGAUGUGAAACUCGUCAUUUUUAACCCAGGAAGUGUUUCCAUAGCGGUGGGAAUGUCUGUCAGUCUGCCUUGCUAUGGGGGCAUUAGUAAACAAGCGCGUGCUGUUGAUCUGGUUAUCCUCUGGAAAAGAGAUGGAAAGAAGGUUUUCCAGCUCUAUAACAACACCAUCACCUAUGGGCCCGGGUUCGAGGGCAGAGCUUCAGUUUCCCCAGAACAGGCUCUCCGUGGAAACAUGUCUCUAACCAUCAAACAGACAUGGUUUUCAGAUCAAGGCCACUACCAGUGCUUGUACAGCAGUCCAGAAGAGAGAUGGGCCCCAGAUUCUGUCAGGCUCCAUGUUACAGGCCACCCACUCCAGAUCCGCACAGUGAAGGCUGGUGAAGAGCUCUCCAUACAGCUCCCUACCACAGACCCAUUGAGGGUAACAUUCACAGGCCCUGGUCUGGACGAGGUGCUGAUGGCCGAUGCUCACAAAGGCCCAGUCGCAUAUGGGGAGCACUGUGGUCAGAGAUGUGAGCUUCUCGGCCAGGAAAAGACCUUUCUGCUGAGGCGUGUAACACUGGAGGAUGCCGGGGUCUACACAGUGACUGAUUCUGAGACCAGCAGGAUCAUCAGCAACAUCUCUCUACAAAUCUCAGGCCUGCCUCCCUCUGCAGGAGAGACUACAGGAGUAGUGCCUUGGAUCUUGUUGUUCUUUAGUAUUUUGGGCAACAUUGGCCUUGCAGUCUGACUGUACUGCAAUAAGAGACGAGAGGCUGAACUGAUCGCAUUCCAACCAGCCGCAGUGGAAGACCCAAGUGGCUCCAGAACAGAACUGCAGCAGCCUGGAGUCCUUGAUGUCCCUGAACCUAAUCUCCCUGUGUCAGAAACGGGGCCUUCAGACCAGACUGAAGUGCAGGAGAAGAAGAGCGAAGAGGUGCAGGGGACUCGGCCAUGGUGAAUGAAGGACUGAGGCAGAGGGAGAGUGACAGACGGACAGGGAGAGAGGGAGAGGAGAGGAAUGAUUUUAGAUUGGUACUGUGUUGAGGACCCGGCCCUAGGCCCGCCUGAUGAGAGAUUGACAGAAGAUGGGUUAGGCAGGAAUGCAUUGUUAACCCCUCGCACACGCCAUUGAGGUGGUAGCAAGAACGCCCGUAAGAGGGAAAAAUAUGCGGUUCAGAGCUAAUGUGCAGCCUUAAUUGUCAGCAAAGGAGUCUGAAGUCGGGGGACUUAGAUUUAGGGUUCUAGAGAGCAAGGCUAAAGGUCUGACUGAGGCCAUGCGUAACAUGAAUGUAUAAUAACAUUCUUGGUUGAGAAGUGUGGACUUGCUCCUACAGGGGAGGAGCAUAAUGCCUGGUUAAAGCAAAAAGAUGAGGAAAACAAUAUAGAUAAUGGGGAAAUGAUAAUCUGAUAAUUUAUUGGAUAGAUUCAAAGGACUGACUGUAGAGGAGUUGGGUGAUGAAUUACACUCGGCUAUUAAUUGGAUGUCCUUUGUAGAUUUCUUAAGGCGCCACAAGAAAGUGCACCUGAAGAAUGUAUUGAGAUGGUGGAAACUCCCUAUUGGAGGGGUAUAUGACGUCAAAGUUUGGAGAGAGUCCAAUGAGAGAUUGACAGGGAGACAAAUAACAGUGAUGAAUAGGCUCAUUAAAAAAGUUGCAUAAGAGCUAGUGUUUUCCCCAUUCGUACUUCUGUACAAGUUUCAGGAUAUAUAAGGAGUGAGCUUUUAGAUGUUAGAAAGGAAAAAAGAGAAGGAGAAGCAAAAAAGCCUCUUAGGAUUUUGCUUAACAAGAUAUCUAAGGGCUAUUGAAGAAAGAGCAACGCAGAACAGCUAUAAUCAAGCUGGAUAUGGAUAUGCAGAACGGAGUGAUGUGCGUGGUGCGGACUCAGCCCAGGAAUUGUGGCAGCGGGACUGAU